UGCUGUUUCAAUAAGAUUCUUCGUCUUUAGUUAAUGAAUUAUGGUUUUGGAUCAUCAUCCGAUGUUUUCGUGUCCGGUUUGGAGUCUUAGGUCUAAUCGGGUUUGAUUUUGUUUAUAGUUGAAGUUUCUGAAAUUUGUUUUCAAUUGCAAAUAAUGAUGAUUUGGUUGAGUUAUGGUGAAAUAAUGGCAGCAGCUGAAGCAAGAGCAGUGUGGCAAAGAACUGUUAACCGUUGCUUUGUCCAAGAAGACGCUAAAAGAGCUCCCAAGUUAACCUAUUGCCAAUCUUCAUCCUCCUCCUCAACUACUCCUUCAACUAAGCAAGUUGACGAUUCUGGUUCGUCUCCUCGAGUUUCUGUUGAUCCACGGAAGCAAUCAUCUUGUGCAGGUUCCAUGCCUCUUCAUCGAAACCCGAAUUUCCCUGAUCUGUUACCCCACAACACCAGAUUGUGGAGUCAUCAUCAUCAUCACUUUCAGGUGUAUAAGAUGCCUUUGGAGGCUGAGGUUAACAGUCAAGGUGUAUCUGAGAAGAAGUCUGAACUGGGAUCUGGAGAGAAACAAGGAAAGUCUUUUAAUUCCGAAAGCUUUCAAGAGUUUAUAGAGUUGGGGGAAACAAGGGAAAGUUAUGAUGAGUCCUCUGAGAAAAAGUUAAGUGAGCUCUCUUUUGAUCCCAGCUCGCCUUGGAAUCCACUCUCGAGCGAGAAAGCUGGACCGUGGUGGCGAACUACGGAUAAAGACGAGUUAGCUUCAUUGGUUGCACAAAGAUCGCUAGACUAUGUUGAGAAUUGUGAUUUACCAACACCACAUAAGAUGAAACGAUCUUAUUAUGGUAGUCCGCGUGGUUUUGAUUCUGAUGGAUUCAGAGACUACUCUGUCUCUGGCCAAACCAUCCACGAGCACGGGCCGAGCAGAGGAAGCAGCUGCAAGAACAGAACAGAGGCUUCGUCUGAGUCUGAUCUAAGCAAAUCCGAGCUACUGGAAGCGCUGAGGCAUUCCCAAACGCGGGCUAGGGAAGCGGAGAACAUGGCUAAAGAAGCUUAUGCAGAGAAAGAGCACUUGGUGAAGAUCUUGUUCAAGCAAGCCUCAGAGCUUUUCGGGUAUAAGCAGUGGUUACAACUGCUUCAGCUCGAAGCACUUUACCUCCAAAUCAAGAACAAGAAGAUUGAGAACAAGGACAGCAACGAGCCAAUGGUUCCCAUCCCUUGUUGGAGCAAUGGGAAAGCAAGAAAACUGGGGAGAAAGAGAAGAAGCAAAAGGGGUAAACCGAAUGGAGCUAAGUACGCGGUUGGUUUAGCUUUGGGGAUGAGUCUUGUUGGUGCUGGUUUGCUUCUUGGAUGGACUGUUGGGUGGAUGCAGAUGCUAUCCUUCUAGUCUAAAGAGAAAGAUAAAGAGAAGAAAUGAGGAGAAGAAAAAAAGAGACGAGAGACCUCGAAAGGUUUUUUUGAAAAAUCGUUUUCUCAAUGAACAGCUUGAUGAUCUUGAAAUGAGUUUAAAGAUUUGCUUCGAAUGUAAAUUGUUGUAAGAAUUUUGUGUUUCUUCUAGUUUGAUAUUUUCCUUCAAAAACCAAAUGAAAUGAUCUUCUUUCAUGUAAGUAUCUAUCAUGUAAUAUCUGCAUACUUUGUUAACUAGAUGAUGAUCUUUCUUUGGUAAA